AUGUGCGAAGUGGGGACGCGGCCGCCGCUGGCCGCCGAGCGCGGGGAGCCGCCCGGGGGUGCCGCCGCCGCCGAGAGGUGCCGAGACAUGGGAGAACAGCCCAUCUUCACCACCAGAGCCCAUGUCUUCCAAAUUGACCCCAGCACGAAGAAGAACUGGGUUCCUGCCAGCAAGCAAGCUGUAACUGUUUCCUACUUCUAUGACAGCACGAGGAACAGCUAUCGGAUAAUCAGUGUGGAUGGAGCCAAGGUGAUCAUAAACAGCACCAUCACCCCCAACAUGACCUUCACCAAAACAUCACAGAAGUUUGGGCAGUGGGCAGACAGCAGAGCCAACACCGUGUUCGGGCUGGGCUUCCCCUCUGAGCAGCAGCUGACAAAGUUUGCAGAGAAGUUCCAAGAAGUAAAAGAAGCUGCCAAACUUGCAAGAGACAGAUCUCAAGAGAAAAUUGAAACCUCAAGCAAUCAUUCACAGACCAGCUUUGCAGCCAAGAUGAAAAGGGAGUCUGGACGUGAAACACCCUCCUCCACCCGAGCUUCAAGUGUGAAUGGCACCGACGACGAGAAGGCAUCGCACGGGGGCCCUGCUGAGGCACAUCUCAAAUCUGAGAAUGAUAAAUUAAAAUUUGCUCUAGCCCAAAGCUCAUCCAACGUGAAGAAGUGGGAGACGGAGCUGCAGUCGCUGCGGGAGAGCAACGCGCGGCUGUCCACGGCCCUGCAGGAGUCAGCAGCCAGCAUCGAGCACUGGAAGAAGCAAUUCUCAGCCUGCAAGGAGGAGAACGACCAGCUGAGGGGCAAGAUUGAAGAACUGGAGGAACAGUGCAAUGAAAUAAACAAAGAGAAGGAAAGAAAUGCACAGUUGAGUAGACGUCUCCAGGAGCUGGAAACAGAACUUCAGGACAAAGAGCUGGAACUGGAAGAGCUCCGAAAGCAGGGUGAAAUUAUACCAGAGCUAAUGUCAGAAUGUGAAUCUGUAUCUGAACAAUUGCAGGCUGCUGAGAAAAAGAACAAAGAUCUUGAAGAGAAAGUCAGAACGCUAAGGACAGAAGUUGAAGAGAACAAACACAGGCAGACCAACCUUAAAACUGAAUUAAAGAAUUUUUUAGAUGUACUAGACGGGAAGAUAGAUGAAUUACAUGAUUUCCGACAAGGACUGUCUAAACUUGGGGUUGACAAUUAGAUGGCAAUAGAUCUUUUUUGUAAUCUAGGGUCUGGAUGUUUGAUGUUUUGUUGAUCCCAAACGUGUGUUUUACAAAAUAUAACUAGA